UUAAAAAAAAAAAAGUCUGUAAGAAAACGGUGGAGAGAGAGAGAGAGAGAGAGGUACAAGAGAGUUUAUAGCCUCCUUAAACUCUCAGAAGAAGAGAGAGAGAGAGAGAGAAACAGAAUGGAAUCCAUGGCAGAGGCACAAGCUGUAAAUCCACCAUUACCAGAGCUCAUACUGUCACUAGAGCAAGCUGCUCUAAUGGCGAAGCAACUUCCCACAACAACCGACCCAACCCAUCACUUCCAAAUAUACUCUUCCCUCCACCAAACCCACCACCACCUCUCCACCUUCCUCUCUCGAACCACCCCAUUAUUCCCUCAGCCUCUCCACCUUGCUCCCCCCGCCGAGAAUUCCCUCUCCUCCGCCACCGGGGCCGUCGCCGGCGGUGACAACGGCAACGAGCCGAUGCAGGUCGGUGACGACAACGGCUACGACGAUGAUGUCGGAGAGGGUAAUUCCAAAGGAAACACUGUCGACAGGGUCGAAGAGAAGAUGAAGGAUUGCUUCAUCAAGAAUAAGCGGCCGAAGCGACCGCUCUCGCCGUCGGCCGCGGCGUUGGUGGAGGAGAGAAGGUUGAAUGAUGGGGGGUUUAUUGGAGGAUUCAUGGGUUUUGAUCCUCAUGCCACCAGGUUGAAGGCUUUGGACCUUGUGUACCAGUUUCAUGGCUGAGAAGAAAACACUGUUUUCUGAAAACCGAAAGCAAAAACAUGAAAAACAAAAAUUGUUGAAAACUCAAUUUUUUGGGGCAACAUUUUUGUUUUUUAUUUUAUCUUUGAGAAGAGAAAAGUUGUUUUCCUUAUAGGAUAUAAAAGGUAGAUGCUGGAAUACAAUACCUUUGGUUGAGAUUUCUUUUGGGAAAUUUUCCAUGACUUUACUCUGGGUUCAAGUUCUAUGACCCUUUGUGCUUUGAUAUGAGAAAGUAGAGUUUUUUUUUUUUUUUUUUUUUUUUUUUUUUGGGGGUUCAGAUUUCACUUUUGUAUUGCAUUUGGGUUACACAGUUUAGAGAGAGAAUACAUUGAUGUUUUUUUUUUUGUUUCAUAUUUUAUGUUUUGGAUUUAAGGAUAUUUAUAUAAAAUUGAAAACUUUUGACUGUUUCAUCUGA